AUGACUGCUGUUCCAGGUGCCUUGGCUCAACUUGGUCUCUCUGCAGCGCUUGGGUCUCGGUGCUUGUCGUCUGGGUGCAGCAGCAAAGAGCUUGGCUCCAUGGCUACGACAUGCAAAGAGCCUGAAGAUGGCAAACCUCCGCCGCAAUGCAACACAGCUGCAUACCAUUCUCCCAGUGAGGAGAUCCCUAUGGCAGAAUGUGGAGUCCUGACAGAUGCUGCCAUUGAGAAUUCAACGUUGCUGGAAUUCUCAUUGGCGGCAAAUGAGGCCACACCCGAGAUGUUGUACAGGCUGGAGACUGCCUUGGCAAAGAACAUCUUCGUGGAUGGUCUCAGUCCUGAUGCUUUGCGAUGUGACCUACGAAAUAAAAACUUCUCUGACGCUGGGAUCAAGAGCUUGGCAGCGAUGUUGAGAGAAUUUCCCACCUUGCAGUCUUUGGAUCUGCGCGGAAAUGCUCUGACAGAUGAAUCCGUAAAGAUUCUGCACAGAGCACUGGAACCCAAUGUCGAAGAGGUCCUCUUGAGCAUCGACUCCAGUGCUGCUCGACGCCUGCGGGGGAAGGUCGUUUUCGCUGCGCUGCAGGGGGCGGCCCAGCGCAGUCCCGCAGCGACAACGAGGCUGGCAGGAAAUCAAGGCCUCGGAGACGAAGGCGCAACAGAACUUGCCCAGUUGAUUGGCGACGGAGAAAGGAAUUCCUUGUUGAUUUCAGCCCUGGGCCUGCAGCAGAAUGCCAUUGGUCCUCCCGGGGCAAUGGCCCUGGCGGUAGCCUUGCCGCGUUUGGAAAUGCUUCGAGAACUGCUGCUCUACAGCAACCAACUAGGUCCACAAGGGGCUGCGGCAAUUUGUGAAAGGCUCCCAGCAUCACUUACUGCCUUAGACCUUGGCAGCAACCAUCUUGGCGACGCUGGUGCCAAAGCGGUCGCAGCACAACUGGCAGGUCAUGGACUUCGAGAGCUUCAUCUGGACUCCGACUACAACGAACUUGGACCUGACAGUGCCGAUAUCUUGAUGGAAGCAGUGCAGGAGAUGCCCCAGCUCCGAAGUCUGUGGCUUCAGGGAAACAACGUGGGCCGGGAGGUCCAAGAGCUCUUGGAUGGGCGGCCGCGCGGUUCACCGCGGGAACGCAACGCGCAGCAGGAGCUGGAGGAUGAGGUUGGUUCAGCUGUGGAUGGACCAACGGAUGUGCCGCUACCAGACCUCCGUUCGUUGCAAGCUGGCGAUGACUUUGCAGACCGCUGUGCUCGCUUAGCACUGGAACGAUAUUUCCAGCUUUGUGGGCGGCAUGCUCUGAGUGCUCGUGGUCAGGUUGUCCUGGCUGCAAUGCUGGCACAGGAGCAUCCACACGACCUUUGGGUCGUAGCCCUCGGUGUGGGCACCAAAUUCAUGCCAGCGGAUGCGGUGAAAGCUGACCAAGGCCACGAGCGUGUGAGAGACUCACAUGCAGAGGUUUUGGCGCGCAGAGGCUUCAUGCACUACUUGUACAAAGAGGUACAGGCACUCGUCGGUCUGAGUUCCAUGCCAGUCCGGCUACUUCAAGCCGCAGCUUCGGGAGACUCGUUCGAGCUGAAAGAGGGCCUGAGCCUGCAUCUCUAUGUCAGCACCGCGCCCUGUGGCUGGGCCUCAGGUAGCAAUAAACGUUGCAAGCGAGGGCUGAAGCGGCUGAAGGUUCCUGAGCUUCUGGUGAAAGGUGCCGGAGACUCUGAGGCCCCUGUGGGAUGUGUCUUUGCUUCAGACCUGAGUCUUUCGGACGUUUCUUUGAGCUGCAGUGACAAGGUAGCCCGGUGGCAGUUUCAAGGUCUUGAAGGUCUACUUUUGGCGUCAGUGGUGCGCGGCCCGCUGCGAUUGAGUACAAUCACCAUCGGCCGCAAGUUUGAUCAUGCAAGCUGUGUGCUUGCGCUUGGUUGGGCAUCGGUGGCAAUUCUGCGGUCAACCCUCAGCUUGGAGGCUGCUCUGGCUUUAGCCAAGUCCCAGAAUCUGGGGGCAUCAGCUCCAGAAUCUGAGAAGGCAGACGAGAGCUAUGUAUGGAGUCUUGGCGACGUCCAAGCAGCAAUGCAUGAUGGCAGGACAGGGGCAGCUUUAGACUCCAGAGGAGCAAGCCGACAAGCAGCGCCUGCAGUGGCUGGCUCCAGGUUUCUGCAGCUCUACAACUCUUUGCCGCUUGCCCUGGGAGAGGCUGAAGGGUGUCGAAUUCCAAGGCUUCAAGGCUUCAAGGAACUUGAAGCCUGA